UCUAGUUACAAACAGAUCAGAACAAAAGACUUCACCCUGCUUUAAAUGCUGUGCUGGUUCUUGCUGCUUGGAAGGUGACAGUCCUGGUCCCUGGGGCUGCCUUCUUCUUUCCGUUAAUCUCUCAGGAGCACUGUAGUUCCAGGCAGGAGCAGGACUUAACCCCAUCACACUUCAGUAGGUGCUGUAAUUGCCCGGGACUCGUUUCUCUGCCCUCUCUGUAAUUGGUAUCACUUCAUCCUCUCUAAUCCUACAGGUAACCCUUCCUCCCGCUCAUCCUCACUGCUGCUCGUGUGCAGUGGUGCAGUGUCAAGAGCAAGACCCAGUCUUGCCGGGCCACCAGCUAUUAAAAAUCAGAUCAGGGUGGGACCUCGGGCAUCAUGUCAUCUGACAUGAGUGAAACCUUCCCACAGAGCUUGUGAGGACCUUGUGAGCACAUGAGGUUUUAUACUUUUUUUCCUUCUUGUAACAUUAAAGCUGUGUUUGCAGUUCAGACUCUACCCCAAGCUGAGAGAGGAAUGAAUUGCCUCAAGAUCUUUUCUCUCCAGCAGCAAUAAAUCCUGAGAAGGCCAUUGCUAAUGAGCCUUCCCUGUGCCAGUUCCCAGGGGAACUGGGUCAUUGCCCCCCCCACAACCCACACCUUCUGGCAAAGGGGAGCUGUGUGUUGGGUAGAAGCUCUGAGGGCACCAAUAGGCCCCAGUGGCUCCCAGCUGAGCCCACAGGCCUGGAGCGAGCUGCAGCUCGGCCGCUAUCUUGAGCUCUGAGCGCUGGUCUCCAGUAGUGCCUGGCUGUGGAUUGACUUCCUCACUUGACCUGAGUCACUCCUUAUUGCUAUCGGCGUUUUGGGUCAUUACUGGAUUAUGGUGCUGGUUACCCUCACCAGACCUCAUCCUGACAUGUAGCUGUUGCUGGGCACAGAAGAAGACAAACUGAUUGGAAACGUGAUAAUCUGUGCCUGGUUUGGCUGCAGUGAAAAGGGAGUAGUGGUCUUCAAGACCCUGACAGGAGCAAGUUGUCAGUGUCUGGGAAAUGGAUCAGCAGCAUCCUGUGGGAAGCAGCUCGAAGGGUAAAGGAGCUCAGGAGGGUUGGCAGGUUUAAGGACAGGGUCUUCCAAGGCCAUCCCAAUAACGAAGUAAGUGAAUGGUGCAGGGAGGGUGAGAGGAGGAGGGGUUCCCGGUGCGUGAGUCCGGCAAUCGAUGGCCCACCCCAUGCAGCACCACUUUGUGGUUGUUUUGUGGGUUAUUUUGGGGCCCUGGGGGCCAUUUGGGAGUCAUUCUGUGAUUAUUUCGGUGCCAUUUCAGAUUGUUUUGAGGUUACUUUGGGAUCGUUUAGCGCCAUUUGGGGAUUGUUUCACAGUCAUUUUGGUGCCAUUUGGGCCUCUUGGACAUUGUCUGGGGGCAGUUUUGACAUCCUUUGGGCCUUUGGGGGCUGCUUUGGUGCCAUUUUGGGCUGCGUUGUGGUCAUUUGGGAGGUUCUUUUGGGAUUGUAGUGUAGACAAAACCGCAGUGCAGGGGUUGACGGUGAGGCAGACUCGGUGGUCUCGGUGGGUGCCGUCCCACUCGGGACGUUCCCACAGCCCGUGCGCCGCGUCGAGAGGACGCGGAGGGCGGGAAGCUAGCGGCCGGGGACGGCUCGCCGAGGGGGCGUGGCUUGAAGAGGCCCCGCCCCCCCGCUCUAUAUAAAUUGAAGCGGCCGCGGCGCCGCCGACUGCUGGGGGGAGCGGGGUCCCGCCGGGGCGGCCAUGGCGGCUUUGCGCUGCCUCCUGCUGCUGCUGUGCGGCGCCGCGUUGGGGCCCGCCGUGCACCUCGACUUCGCCGAGCACCGCACCCAGGCGGCCAAGAUCAAAGUCAACCCCCGCGGCAACCUCUGGGCCACAGGUCACUUCAUGGGGAAGAAGAGCGUGACGGGCACUCCGCAUCUGGACGCACCGGGGCAGCCGGGAGUGCCGAUGGCUUUCAGUCCCUCACUCAGAGCGUUGCUGGAGGACGUGGUGGAACUGCUUACCCGGGAACUCCUGAAAAUCCUCUUGCAAGAAAGACUCCUGGAUGAGAACCAAGGAAAAUACGAUCUCACUGACCAGGAUUGUGUCCAGCUCAACAUGGGCUUGUUGUCCUGAUGUUUGGAGGGCUGAGCAGGGGAUGAGGUGAUCUCCAGCCCAGGGGUUGUUAACAAGCAUCUGGAUCCUCCACUGAUGCACAGGAAGAUGGCUGGCUGAUGCAGUUGCCAUGUAGAGUAUGUCCCUUUAUCCAGUCAUGGUGAGGACAGGGAGAUGAAAUUCCGCCUCCCUUCUCUUUGUAGGGAAAGGUCAAGAGGGACACUGCUCUGUGCAGGAAAAAGAGUCUGUCCGCAAAAAGGUUUUAGUCUUCUAAUUCCCCCUUCUGGGGCUCUUUCCCUGUGGUUAGGGUGCCUCGUUACUGUGGGGGCACGUGGUGUUGUUAGUUUCACCUGUGGAGAGGUGAGGUGUGUGUUAUUUUGCUGCAGAACAGGUCUCUGGGAGCAGUCACAUGCCCUGUCUGCAGCAGGGGCUCCUGUACUGCAUCAGCAGAUCCUCAGCUUCCCCUUUUUAGCUCCUUAGCGUGGCUUUUCCCGCAGGGCUCUCCCAAUUUGUGGGAAGUUAGCCCCUGGGAGCAAAACCUCUACAGAUCCUCACGCAGGAGGUGGAGAUGGAAUUGCUUGGGCUGCGUGGUUCUGUCCGUUUGCUACCUCUUGGUGUCUUGCCCUUUCUG